AUGGCGCAUAAUCCCGUGUAUACAGGAAGCAUCGUAAUAGAGAAGCCAUUUUCGUUUAUCGAUGCUCAGGAUCCUCCUUCUCCGGCUGGCGACACAAGAAAAAGGAGUUCCCAGGCACCGCGAUGGUUCGUUAUUGCAGUUAUUAUAAUAACAAUUUUGUCGGUGCUCGGUAUGGCCAUUGGUCUUGGAAUCGGUCUUGGGAUAGGGACAAAAAAGAACGAGACCCCAGCAUCCGACGCAUCACCCGUUAGUCGCACUGUCCCCAACAUGACGUACGUCAAGAACAAGCUGAUGCAGUACAUCCCAGUGGAUAUGCAGGAAGCGAAUACAAAAGAGCUCAUCGAAAGCUACUUGAUGCAGCUUUCUCGAAGGGGCCCUAUUUCACAGCUGCUUGCGGAUCUGCUACCGGCAGUAGGGCUCAACAACACAUCCAUUCAGCCGCAAGCGAUACAGGUCUUGCUGGAAACGUGGUUCGAGGAAAAUAAAGUGGACACCCGUUCCCUGGCGGCAACCAUCGACACCCUGUCGCAGCUGGCACAGGGCUUAUUCGACUACCAGAGUCACGUGCUCACCAUCGUCAACAAUUUGCACGGCGUGGUGUCUCAAGUACGGCAGCAGCUGGAGGCGCUGCCCAACGCGACCAUCACGGUGGGGGGCAAGGUGCUUGGCCUUGGGGGCUCCGCUGGGGGCACACUCGAUGGCGGUCAAGAUCUGAUGCGGCAACAGGUAUUUUCCAGAGGCCUUCGGAUACGCCCACGUACUGGCGGGUUGGCUGCCGGGAAGGCUCAGUUAGAUGGGGAGGAGGAGGAGGCUCAGGCGCGUGCCAGGAAGGUCGUUGCUGACGUGGUGGACGCCGUGUUGUCCAGCCCCACUAUGGCGCCGUACGUGGACGAGCUCCGCAAGCUGUACGACCCGGACACAUUGCCAGUGCUCGUAUCUAAUCUGUACGGUGUGUUAAUGCGUCUAAUGGCUGCGAGUGACGAGCUUCGGGACAUCAUGAACCGACUGGACGGACACUUUGACUUGGGUGCGAUGUCUAGGUACGUAACAAGUACGGGUAAGCACAGCCUACCAAUCUAUAACCACCGUACGAAGAGCAACCUCUCCACCCUAGCCGCCCCUGUGCCUUUCGACAAGCGUACGACAAUUGUGCUGACGGGCCCUGCACGGCGGCGGCUGCAGCAAACCCAACCGCUGGCGGCGGCGCUGCUCCGAACCAAGCUGCCAGCAGCUUUCAAGCCCGCCAACAGCUCGCUGCUGCCACGGGUGCUCGUACCUCUGGUUUUUCACAUAAUGUCGUACAGGCAGGAUGACACAUACGGGCCGCCCAACCUGGACAAGUCCCCCGAUUACGUGGACCGCUUGCUCAGGGUCGUGAACGCCAUGGCCCUCCCUACGAGGUUUCAGUUCUUCGUAAACGAAAUCCGUUACGACCCCCUAACCAAUCCGUACCUGCUGCGCGGCAGUCGGUCGUCCUGGCUGGGAUAUGGCUGGGUGCCGUCCUCUCCCAGCAACAUCACUACCGGCCAUGUGGCCGUACUCUGGAGUGUCUUGGACACCACCCAGUGGAACAGUGUGGCGGGCUGGGAGUACGGCGCCAAGGUCGUGUGGCAUGAGAUCAUGCAUCAUUUGGGCCUAUAUCACACCUUCGGCCGCUCCAAUGCAAACGCGGCGGUGUGCAGCAGCGGCAGCGAUGACGGCAUUGCGGACACACCCAUCGUGGCAGGUCCUGUGUACGAGCAAAGGGCCUUUUCAACCGCUGCCCGCGCCUAUUGCAUGAAAGUCUUCGAAAAGGACCUGGGCAGUGACUGGGCCUUCGUCAUGACAGUGUGGGCCAACCGACUGGGAAUCCCGCCAGCUGAUGCGACCCACGGCUUCGACUCCUGCCCCUUGGAGCGCGGCAACGACGAGCUGGGCAACUACAUCACGUACACACACGACGUGUGUGUGGCCGCGCUGGGGCACACCACGGCAGGUCAAAUGCAGUACAUGCACAACUUUGCGAACCAGGUUCAACGCAAGCUGUACAUUUGGGGGCAGUACUUCGGAGCCCUCAACCCCGCUGCUUUCAAGGCCCCGCCCAAGGCCCCCAACCCCGCCAAUAAAGGAGGCCCUUGCAUGGUCACCCGGGCAGGCUGUCAGUGCAAGGGCACCUGGAGCUACCAGGGGCAGCACCUCAACGGGUGUGCCAAUCCUGAUGGUGACAGUAAGGGCAUGUGGUGUCCGGUGGAGCAGGACGGCAACUGCCCUUCCGCCAUUAACGGCUAUUGGGACUACUGCACGGCGGAUGCCACGGAGGAGCGAUGCACGCCAGACGGGUUCCGGACGGUCCCAGCUGCACCGUCGAAGCCCCCAACCCCCAGGAUCCCCUGCGGACCCGGGGGAACCACGGAAUCCGGAUCCACGUGCACCAGUGACCCAUGGGCCCUGGUGGACGUCAAUGGGGAGUACGACAGGAUCUUCUACGGCUGUGCCAACCCUGACAACGACCCCCAGGGCUCCUGGUGCCGCCUCAAGUCCGGUCACACGACGUUGCAGGGCCGCAACUGGGACUACUGCGGCGUCCGCUGCCCGCGGAACGGCAGCAUGGGCCCCCUGGCACCCAGCUCGCCACCCAGCCCUCCGCCUCCACCCGCAACGCCCGGCGGCUUCUCCGGUGGUGGUGACACCCCUGCCUUCAACUGCUCCACAGGCUACCAGGGCCUGCCGGCCGGCUGCUCUUGUCGGCCUAUGUGGGGUGUGGCCCUACGACCCCCCUUUGCAAAUGUACCCACGGACAGUACGGAAGCAUCUGUAGGUCGGCGGUAUACGACAGCGAGGUACUGUACGGCGCUACUGGAGCUACAGCCCCCUGAUCAGCAACAGGGUACGGCGAAGCCGUUGGGGAUAUGUGAAGCGACGGGGUGCAUGAAUCCGGCGUACAACGGCCGUAUCAUGGUGUGUAGUACACCCUGUACGAUACUAACUUGGGAAGAUGGUGAAGAUGUUUGGCUGUAG